AACAAAAACAUAAACAAAGACUUUCGAUCGUGUGACCAACUUGUUAUAUUCAAACAACGUUGUUUGAAUAACAGUAGUAGCAGUAGCUACCACUGAAGUGCAGAGAGUGGAAGGAACACUCUGUGACGAUGGCUUCACACUCCACCUUCUUCCUGAACCCAACGACCCUUCUCAACCACAACAACAUCAUCACCACUCUCUCUUCUACUCACCAUUCCACCUCGUUUCCCUCUUCACUUUCCAGUAAAUCCCUUUCCUGGAAAAUCCCCACCACUGGAAACCAACUAGUUCCUCGGUUCUCUGCUUCUUCUUCUUCUUCUUCGUCUCAAGAGUUCGAUGUUGUCAUAGUGGGUGCUGGCAUCAUCGGUUUGACCAUCGCUCGCCAGUUCCUGUUGGGUUCGGACCUAUCAAUCGCCAUAGUUGAUAAGGGUGUCCCUUGUUCUGGUGCCACCGGCGCAGGGCAGGGAUAUCUAUGGAUGACACACAAAACACCUGGGAGUGACAUAUGGGAUCUUACAUGGAGAAGCCAUCAACUUUGGAAGAUGCUGGCAGGAAGCCUAGAAGAGCAAGGCUUGGAUCCUACGCUGGAGUUGGGUUGGAAAAAAACUGGGAGCCUAUUAGUUGGUAGAACACAUGCAGAGUCAGACAUGCUAAAAGGAAGGGUGAAACAGCUUAGCGCAGCUGGGUUGAAAGCCGAGUACCUGUGUACCAGUGAUUUGUUUAAACAGGAACCUGAUCUGUUGGUGGAGAAAGACAGUGCAGCUGCAUUUCUACCAGAUGACUGCCAAUUGGAUGCUCAUCGUACUGUUGCAUAUAUUGAAAAGGCUAACAGGAACUUUGCAUCAAAAGGAAGAUAUGCAGAAUUUUAUGAUGACCCAGUGCAAUGUUUCAUCAGGUCAGAUAGCAAUGGGGAUAUUAAAGCUGUUCGGACCUCCAAGAAUACAUUAUACAGCAAGAAAGCAAUUAUAGUUGCAACUGGUUGUUGGACUGGUUGUUUGAUGGAAGAUUUGUUGAGAAAUUGGGGAGUGGAGUUACAUGUUCCUGUAAGGCCUAGAAAGGGUCAUCUACUUGAGGUUCAAAAUUUCAAUUUCCUUCAAUUGAAUCAUGGCCUGAUGGAGGCAGGUUAUGUUGAUCAUCCAACAAUUUCUGGUUUAGAAUCGUCAGAUCAUGGACGGAACUUCUCUGUUUCAAUGACAGCUACUGUAGAUGCAGCAGGGAAUCUUCUUAUCGGGAGUAGCCGUGAAUUUGCUGGGUUCAACACUGAUUUGGACGAGUCUGUUGUCAGUUAUAUAUGGAAACGAGUUGGAGAGUUCUUUCCCAAAUUGAAAAUGCUUUCCCUUUCAGAUCUAAGUGCAGAUAGAAAAGUCAGAGUAGGAUUACGACCUUACAUGCCUGAUGGGAAGCCAAUGAUUGGGCCCGUGCCUGGCUUGUCAAAUGUGUACCUCGCAGCCGGACAUGAAGGAGGCGGGCUUUCAAUGAAUUUGCAGGCUUUGGGGACUGCUGAAAUGGUUGUUGAUAUGGUGUUGGGCUGUCUAGGAAAAGUUGAUAGCGCACCUUUUGCUGUGGAUCGAGUUCUUGUUUAAUUGUAUGCAACUCAUGAGAAUUACUCGCUGAGGAUGUGAAAGCUUGUGGCCACUUGGAAUUCCUACAUCUGAAACUAUUUAUUAUCAUAUGAAACUAUUGCCGAUAUUGUACUGCAAUUCCUUUCAUAAAUUAUCAAUCUUAUUACCGAUGUUGAUCGGAUUGGUUU